AUGAAUGCUAUGCUGACUCAAUUAGGGUACAAAGUUUGCGACGCGCCCGAGGCCGUUUAUCGCCACUGGCAGGAUUGGGAGAAAAUUGCAAAUGGCAAGGAUCCAAAUAGCGUUCUGAUGAAGCUCUUUGGACCGGGAAAUAAGGAUGGCUACACGGCGUGCGUCGAUUUGCCGCACAAUGCUUAUUGGGAACAGAUUUUGAAGCAAUUUCCGAAUGCUAAGGUGAUUUUGGCGAUCAGGGACGAAGACGCCUGGGCGAAUUCUGUUCACAAACAUCUUCAGGUGGAGCGAGAUACUUUCAAAGAAAUGUCCUGGUGGAGGCUCCACCGCGGCAUCUACAGUUGGGUCUUCAAUCAUUCAUCCCGAGCGAUGGGUCUUUACAUGGACUGGAUUCGCCCGCUUCUGCUCGGCCCAGAAUCGCGCGACUUUGUCGGCGAAAAUAUGGACAUUCAUCGCCUCAAAUACAGAAUGCACAAUAUGUACGUGAUGAAUACUUGCCCAAAGGACCAACUGUUGAUUUGGAAGAUCGAAGAUGGCUGGGAACCGAUUUGCAAGUUUCUUGAAAAACCAGUUCCUUCCUGCCCGCUUCCACAUAAAAAUCGCCUCGGGGGAGUGAUCGCUGAGCUGGCAGAGAAUGUCAACUACAAGAAUAUCAGCUGGGAUGUGUUUGAAUGCCCAGAAAUAAAUUGCACAUGCUUUACCGAAUCAGAAAAUCCGACUUCAAGAGCGCAAUCUGUGUCUGCACCUAUCCCAUAUGAAGUCUACUCUACUCAGCCAGCUUCUGUCAACACGAUAUCACCAAGUUAUUAUUCCACAAAUGUGCAACAGGACUCUCAAGCUGCCAUUAUUGCCGACCUGAAAAUCCUGAUUGGAAAACUAAAACAUGAAAAUCAGCAACUUCAAGCAAAAGAGAGACAGCUUCAACUUGAGCUGAGUAAAUCAAGUGACAUCAACAAGCAAUUGAAAGCUCAAAAUUCUGAUCUUUCGCAGAAAAAUGCAUCCCUCGAGCACGAAAAUGAAAAUUUCCGAAAACAAAAAUAUUCAAAUGAAUCAGCUUUCUGCAAAAAAUGUGGCGAAACGCCCAUCCAGCCUGCAGUAGAACUUCAUUAUGAAAAUAUUCACGAAGAACUUCGAGAAAAGUUGAUCGAGCAGCAAGCUGAACUUGACGAUUUGCGCCUGAAAAAUCGAGAGAGAAUUUCAGAAAAUAAAAGACUAUCGAAUUUGGAAGAAGCGAAUUCCAAAAACUAG